AUGUUCCCUGAGACUGAGGGAUUCCUUGUAGCUAUACAGGACCAGGUCAUUCCUACCAACAAUUACAAGAGGUUCAUACUUAAGAACUUGCAACAGUCUGAUAAAUGCAGGUACGGCUGUCAGGACUCCGAAACAAUACAGCACGUAACUGGUGGAUGCCAAGCAUUCGCUCCAACGGACUAUAAGGAGCGCCACGACAUAGCUGCCAAAAUCAUUCACCAGGAGUUGGCAUACAAAUUCAAACUGAUCGAAUGCAAGCUACAGUACUACAAAUAUACACCGCAAUGUGUCCUCGAGAACGACAAGUAUAAACUAUACUGGGAUCGCACUGUGCUUACGGACCAAUACAUAAAACAAAACAGACCUGACAUAAUCAUUGUCGACAAGGACGCCCAGAAAGUAACACUGAUUGAUGUGGCCAUACCUAAUAGUAACAAUUUAACAUACAAACAUAAUGAGAAAGUUGCAAAAUACAGGGAGCUAGAAUUUCAAAUUAAACGCCAGUGGAAAAUGAAAAAGGCAUUCGACAGCGUCCCGCACAGCUGGCUCCUGAAAUCUCUGAAGCUUAUAGGAACAUCUGAGAAGAUCAUUGAUCUAUGUAAGCGAUUGAUUUCGCUAUGGAGUACUACCCUGUUAGUCAGUAAUAAAGGGGAAGAAAUAGAGUUAGGACCCAUACAGAUAAAAAGAGGUAUAUAUCAAGGUGAUACCUUGUCACCUCUUCUGUUUGUGAUUGCGAUGGUUCCUUUAAGUACGCUGCUCAACGAGGCCAACCUAGGUUACCAACUUAAAGGAGCAAAUGAUUGUCUCUCCCAUUUGCUAUAUAUGGAUGACCUGAAGCUCAUAUCUCCCAGCCAAAACAAACUGAAAACGUCUCUCAAUAUUGUAAAAAAAUUUAGCGACGACAUACAGAUGAGCUUCGGUCUCGAUAAGUGCGCUGUAGUCACUUUCAGGAGAGGAAUGCAUUAUGACUCUGCUAAUAUAAUAGUUGAUGAAGGACAGACGAUCAAAUCACUAGAACAUGGCGGAGUGUACAAGUACCUGGGAAUUAAAGAAGGCCCACACAUCACCCACGAUUCACUGAAAGUUGAUAUUAGACAUGAGUAUAUAACGAGAGUACGUAAAAUUCUGCAAACUCAACUCACGUCUAGAAACAAGAUAACAGCAAUUGGAGCUCUUGCCAUACCAAUCAUGCAGUACAGCUUUGGUAUAAUCAAUUGGACAUUGGAUGACAUAAGACAAAUGGAUCGCAAAACAAGAAAACUAAUGACAACACAUAACAUCCUUCAUCCCAAAGCAGACAUCGACAGAUUAUACGUGCCACGAAAGAAAGGGGGACGAGGACUAAAGCAAAUAGAAGAAACGUACAACAAUACUAUCUUCUCAGUAGGGCAGUAUAUUCAAACUAGAUCUGAGCAAGACCGCCUACUACAGAUGUUACUAGCACAUGACAAUAGGAAACCAACAAAUAGAUCUAUUGUAAAGCGUAGUAAUAAGAUCAAAUUAGAAGCUGCGGAAGCCGGACAUACGGUCGAGCGAGGUAACAGGUCCAUCAAACUGUACUUGAAGCAAUGUGUCGAAGAGAAAUGGCGGAGUAAGCCUCUACACGGACAGCAUAUCCGUCAAAUGGAGGAGCUUCCGGUUGACUUAAGACUGUCAUUUGGAUGGUUACAAUACGGAGAUUUAAAAGGGGAAACCGAAAGCUUGCUGGUGGCAGCACAAGACCAAGCCUUGAAAACGCGUUACAUUGAGCAAGCAAUACACAAGACGAGGAAUGACGGUAAAUGCAGAUUGUGUCACAUUCACAAUGAAACUGUUGAACAUAUAAUAUCUGCAUGUCCAAUACUAGCGCCAAAAGAAUAUACUGACAGGCACAAUAAUGUCUGCGCAGCCAUCCAUCUAGAAGUGUCUCGCCACCUUGGUUGUCCAAUAAAAUCGACGAAAUGGUAUGAGCAUCACCCCGACAGAAUAACACGAAGUGAAGAUGGUAGUAUCACAAUAAUGUAUGACCAUCCCGUUAUCACGGAUAGAGAAAUAAAAGCAAACAGACCAGAUAUUGUUAUAAAAACCACCGAAAUAUGCUAUAUAAUUGAUAUAUCGGUACCUGCAGAUAGACAUGUCAUACAAAAGGAGGCUGAAAAGCAAAUAAAAUACAAAUCAUUACUCAUAGUAGUGCAAAGAAUGUGGCAUACAAAGGCAGUUGUUAUUCCCGUAGUGAUUGGUGCAACUGGAUAUGUCACUCGCAACAUCCUAGAUAACCUAAAAAGGAUACCAGGAGAUCAUAAUUUCUAUCAGUUACAGAAGAUCGCCUUAUUAGGCACAUCGCACAUAAUUAGGAAAGUUAUAACAUAA